UCGUCGGCAGAACGCGCGUUUCGCCGCCGCCGCUCGCUCCAUUCACACGCCGCGCGCGCGCUCGAACCUCUCUCGCGGCUUCGUCGUCGUCGAUGCUCGUCCGCUAUUUAGGAACAAUUAAAGUGCGUUUGAUUAAUUAAACUGGCGCGCGAGCGCGAUGUUUAAACGUUGUGCUUACUAAACGCGCGCGCGUCAAAGGAUUUAAUUCUGAAGAAGUCUCAUCUUAAAGAAAAAGAAAACUCAAAGAAAGUUGUGGGAGUAAAUUUUAAAAGGCCUACAAUUAAUUAAAUUGCCUUUAUACAUCAUUUAUUUUCUGAAAGGGAGCGAUAAAUACUAGUUUUUUGAGGACUCUUGUUGUGCGACAAAGGAAUUUUAAAUGCCAUGAUGAGGAAAAAUCACGUUACAAACGGGACAAUCCACUUUGCACGUUUCAAAGAUAUUUGGAUUCAUCUGGUGCUUUUGACGGUUUUUAUACAUACGUGCUGUGGUCACCUGCAAUUAUCGCAUGAAAGCAUAAUUAAGCAUGUGGGUGAUACCUUCCUAGUGACCUGCAAGGAUGUAAGUGGGCGGACGGUAGAAUGGAGUGGUCCCAAAGGCCCCUUGGGGUUAAAGACGGAACCAAGGGUUGCAGUGGCUUCCUACGGCACGUCUUUGUACUUCAAUGGUCUCAACGUUAAGGACGCUGGGGUCUACACCUGCAAAGCUGGCGAGGAGACCAAAAAGUUUUCCCUGACUGUCAAAACGCCGUUGACUUUUAUGGACACAUCACCGGUGCAGACCGGAAGAGAAUUUACCCCAGUUACGCUGCGCUGUGAAGUGAAGGGCGACGACGCCAGCGACAAACCCAUCUUGUCCUGGAGCGUCGACAAUAAAAAACUCGAUGAUCCACGCUACAAAGUAAUCGGCGACGGAUUAUUAAUCACGAACGUGACGCGCGCCGAUAACAAAAUGUUCGUCUGCCAGGCGAUGCAGCCGAGCACCGGCGAUAUCCGCGAGCAAAAAAUCCAGCUUAAAGUCGAGCACCAGCCCGUUUUUAAGCAUCCGGUGUAUGCGAAGAGCGAGGACGCAUGGGGAUUCAUCGGGGGCAAUGUCAAUCUCACAUGCGAGGUGGACGCCGAGCCGCCGCCGACGUUCGAAUGGACGUGGAAGAAGCAUAAAUUGCAGGACGAACGUGUGCUGAAUGUCAGCUCACACAAGUCUGUCUUGCAGAUUCGAGUAAAAGACGCGUCCUUGUUUGGCAACUACAUGUGCAAGGUGAAGAACACAAUCGGAACUUUGGAGAAAAUCUUCCAUCUCCAGCAGGGAAUUCAGCCGCCACCGCCAGACUUUGUCGAACUGCGUGGCGCCAACUCCGACCUGCUUGACAUUGGAAUCCACCCACACAAAAGUGCCGAGAAAACGCCGUUGUCGCAAAAACCGAUUGGCUAUCGGGUCGAAUAUAAAAGCAAGCAGGACAAGCAUUGGAGGUACUUGGACUUUGAAACUAAUGAAGAGAACAGCUAUAUUCUGCAAGGUCUGCAUCACGACACCGAGUAUCAAAUAAAGGCGGCGACGCGCAACAAAGCCGGACUCAGCACGUACACGAACACGUCGACCUUUCGUACGCUGACGUCGCAGGCGGACGCCGCCGCCGCCGUCGUCAUUGACGGCCCGUCGCGAGCGCUAAUUAUUUGCGCGACCGCCGUCACGCUGCUCACGCUCUUUGCCUCUACGGAGACGACGAGCUUGUCGCCAGUGUCGCGCCACUUGUAAUAUUCCCUUUUGCCGCAACAUCAUUCCCCGCCUCCGUGCCCACGCACUUUCCACUCAACGCUCCUUUAUACCUAAUCUAUUUUUGAUCGAAUGUGCAUUGUGGCGUUUGCGACGGGCGAAACCGCUAGACGCCGCUGUUGUUCCGAAUUAAUUUCAUUAAAGUCAGACGCCCGCCGGCGGUGGUGCAUGGUACGCAUGCCGCGUGCUGAUGUUGCCGCCGACGCGGAUAAUGAUAUGCGACUGCCUGCGCGAAGGGUGUAAACAGCCGUAAUAGUAAAACGCCAGACGUGUAAACAUGUUCGGCGUUGAUAUGUACUUGCAGCGCAACCUGAGGAAAUGCACUGAAACGAUGAUAAUAAUUGUAUGUUCAUUUCGCAUUACGACAGAUAAGAUCUACAAGCACGAGGAACUAAUAAUCAGUUUAACGGAUAUGAAAAGUUCUUUGCGUUUUUGGUAUCUUGCUAUACAAAAUUGAAUGAUGCAACAUGAAAAUAUUUGUAGCGUGUUGAACAUUGCUGUUGUGUUUUACGUUUGAUCAGAGUCAAGUUGCAAGCCAAAAACUAAAUUGAUGUUUAUACAAACGUAACUCAUACGACAGAACAUUAACAUAUAAGUAAUAGUUACGAAUUUACUCAUCAUCAAAUCAUAUUCAACUCACCCCCGUGUUUGGACUGCGCGAUCACGUAGCAUUUAGCAGACAUCGGCGAGAGUCAAUAAGAUAACUAAAAUUACAAUAAAGUAACAUCUAAGCAUUUGAUAUUUUAAGUAAAUCGUACUCCCCCAAAGCCCCGAACAUGAUCAUCAACGAUUCAAUUGUUUUAACACGUGAAUUAUAUCGAACAUGUAGCGAAGAUAAAGAAAUCGAAUCAAGAUAUAACGAUGUUUAAGAUAUAAAGUAUGAAUUAAAGAAAUGACUGUUACAUUUAAUAGCUUUUAUCUGAAAUUAAUAUAAAUAUAUCCAUGGUGGAGACAUUUCCGCAAGCUGGAAAGCACUCUUGCGCCUUGGAGACAUUCUUUGUUUUCAUAACAUUGCAGUAUUAUAUUAGUCGGAUUACAAAAAUGAUUCAGCAUCAUCUUAAUCAAGUAUAAAAUUUCUAUAAAAAACUUUCACCUAAUCUUCCACAAAUAACUGUUUACUAUAAAUUUUCAAACUAAAAAAACCUUACAUAAUAUAAUAUACAUAGUACCCUUGUAGUUCUAGUGAUUUGGUGCUAGUUAAAAAUCACAGUGAAGUAAUGAACAUUGCCAAUGUAAUUUAGCUACGUGUAUAAUACUGUAAUGUUGUUAAUUGUAACGAAUUCGAAGCAUCAUCAACAGUACCAUAACUCGAAACAAAACAAACACAUCAACGUAUCAUUAAAGCGCGCCAAAAUUAUUGAAAAAAAAUACUCCGCUUGUAAAUUAACUAUACAUGAAUAUAUAAAUAUAAUAUUAACUAUAUAUGUAAUAUAAAGUGUCCAAAAAUUAAAUAAAAGUGGAUGAAUUCAACAUA